UGACAUUCCAGCUUGCGAUGCAUUGAUUUCGCAAAACCAAAACAGCUUUGCAGGUGUUUUUUUCGCUGUAAUUCUUUUUAUAAUAUUGCAGCUAUUUCUAGAACUUUUACAAGCAUAAAGUUAGUGAAAGUGUGUCCCCAAUCUGUUUGAACAUGUAAAAAGUGACUGUAUAGGGAAAUCCGGUGCAUAAUUGGCAGUGCAAUAUAGUGUAACUUUUGGGUGGUGGUAGUGUGAAAUCUCCGACUGACCGGAUUGCAAAUGGAGCAAACCAAAAAAUGCUUGGAUUGGGUCCACAAGUUCAGUAUUACGGAAACGCGGAGGCACAAAGGAUACACCAUCUACAAGAUCACUUCCAUAGUUUUCCCCCGGUAUCUUCCGGAGGCCCUGUCCAACGUGACUCUGUGGAAGCGCUUCAGCGACGUCAAGAAGCUGUACAAAGAUCUCGUUCGGAAACACAAGGAACGUCACCUGGCCGGAACGGUUCCCCAACUAACCGAAAAGACCUACUUCAAGCGAUUCGAUCCACGAGUUAUUGAGGAGCGCAAACGUUACAUUCUGGAGUUGUUGGAUUUCGCCGGAGCGGAACCGGUUCUGUACCAAUCGCAUGCGUUCGUGAAGUUUUUCGAACGUGGCAUCUCGCCGGAGGGUUCGCCUUUCAAAGGUGGCAACAUAGUGGCCAUAUGUGAAGAUCUGGCCAUUCCGGUGCCGAAGGAGAUUGAGCUGAUCGAUCCGAACAGAGAUGAGGAUGGAAGCGGCGAGGACAGUGAAGAAGGACGCGAUGAGGUCAGUAGCAGUGCGGGAGAAUCGGUGCUGACAGCCAAUGGUUCGAUGGGAGGAUCCAUGCUGUCACAGGAAGAAAUCGGUGGGGCGAUCAGCAAUGCGACGAUGGAUGGCGAGGAGGAAGAUGAGGUGGACGGAUCGAUGGAUUACAUCGUGGAAGCUGCCAUGGUGUUCAGCAGAGCAGUUCAGGCGGAAGCUAACGGGUGCUAUAAGGAGGCAUUCGAUCGAUACAAGGCUGGGAUUGACAAGCUUUUGAGUGGAGCUAAAAAUGAUACCAAUGUCACAAGGAAGAAAAUAGCCAAAGAAAAAACUUGCAAGUAUGUUUCCCGUGCCGAGGAGAUCUACGAGAGAUUUCUCCUGUAUCAGGAGGACGACCAAGUUCUUCAGCUAAGUCCAAUUUCUCUGGACGACCCAAGUUCGCCGAUUCUGUUGCUGGAGCGCCCCCUUAACUAUCUGUCUCGGUACAAAGUGGUUCACGUUGUGGAUGGACGAGUCAUGCAGGUUCAGGACGUCACCGACAAGAAGUUCUACAUCAUGAAAGGAAUCCGAAAGCCUCCCGGGUUCUGUCAUGCGAUGUUCUUCCCUCAUGAUGUUCCGUACAUGGUGCCUCUCGUAGCUUACUUCCAGUCAGAGUCUAGUGUCUUCCUAUUGCUGAAACUGAUUUGCGGUGGCAAAUUGUGGGAUUUCAUCGCCAGUUACAGAAAGAAGGACGAUUUUGUAUUGGAAAAUGAAGAAUCUCUGUCUACAGCUGGAACGAACCGGAAAGAAGUCGAGGCGGACCCAAAUGUUCAAGAACUAUCCAACCAGUCCGACGCGAAUCAAUCGGUGGGCUACGAUUCCGGAUUCAUUGAUCUCGUUAACGAUUACAACAGCAAAAAUUCCACGGGAGAUAAGACUGAACAAGAGGUGCUCGAAGAGGUUGAGGAAGCCUUUGAAGCGGAUGAGGUAGACCAUCGGUUGGAACCGGAAGGCCUGGACAUCACCCAAGAGUACAUUCCAUCGUUCGAUGUCCUCUCGAGGGACAUGGACGUCCAAGAUCUGGUAAACUGUAGCCAACAACUACUAAGGUCUGUUUCACAGACCUUGGAAAAGUCCCAAAAAGAUCCUGACAAUAUCGAUUCGAUUAUGGAGCAACGGGAGGAAGUGCGUGCCGAGGUCCCGAAGAGACCCCAGCUUGAAACUAGUCAAUUAGAGUUAAGAAGCGCUCCAGACGAUGGAAUGGGAUUUGAUCCCAUUCCGGAAGGAUGCAUAAAACAAUGGAUCAGCGAGCUGGUCAUUGCCGUGGAUAAUCUGCACUUCAAUGGGAUCAUUUGCGGUGAUCUAACGAUGGACAACCUGCUGCUCGGCCCGGAGGGUCAAUUGAUGCUGACGUACUUUUACCGGAGGGAACAAUUCCCCAACACGAGCGCGCUCUCGACGGAACUGCGUCAGGAGGCGGUGCAACGCUUGUACGUUGCUCCCGAGCGACCCCUUCAGGCCAAGUCGGACUUUUGGUCCGUGGGGGUGAUACUGUUCGAGAUGCUAACGCGCAACAGUUUCCUUUCGUGUCAUCCGGCGGGCGUACUGUGCUACCAUGACAUCCAGUUUCCGGAAGGGGUGGACAUCUCCGAUGAAGCGAGGGAGCUGCUCGAAGGGCUCUUGCAGCCCCUCCCGGAGAACCGAUUCGACUUCAAGGAGAUCAUCGCCAGUGCAUUUUUCCACACCAUCGACUGGAGCGAGGUGAAAAGACGGGGCCAGAUCUGAUCUGCUGCAAUUAUGUUCGACGACGUACUACAAGCGGAGUUAGUAAACCGACAGACUACUACUACCCAUAUGGAACAAAGUUUAGUGCAUUAGUGUUAUUCAACGUGUUAGUAUGUGGAAUUACUUACGAAAAUUUCGAAUAUUUUGGCGAUUUCGGAUGUACAAGAAAAUAAAUGUUGAAACCAAACGGA